AUGGCUUCAGGAUCCAAAUCCUCAAAAAACAACAUUUACUCGAUGCUUUCUUGCGUAGCCACAACAUUAAUGUUCCUGUCAAUUCUGAACGUUCCAAUAAAAUCUCAAGCAAGGGACAUGAGUACCAUUUUUGCAGGGCCAGCCUACGCAGAAGAAGCAGCAAAAUGCUUCUCUGCCCUAACAGACGUACCAGGCUGCACGGAAGGAAUGUACAUUGCACUUUUCGGAAACUUCUCAUGGUUGAAUGAUAAUCGCCAUUGUUGUGAGGCCAUCCUUGAGGAAAAUGAUGAUCAUUGCUGGGAUAAACUGUACCCUAUGCAUUCAGACAUCCCUCAAAUCUACAAACAUCAUUGUACUGCCUUUUUAGAACCUUCUCCUUCUCCUUCUCCUUCUUCUUGGAAUGGUUCUGAUGAGAUGGGUACUGAAGAUGUUGAACAGUGUUGGGACUCUCUAAGGAACAUUGAAGGAUGUGUGGAGAGCAUAUUUUAUGCACUGAUUCAUGGUGACUUUGCUAAGGUUGGCCAACAAUGUUGCUUGGCCAUUGAAUCUGUUGCUUAUGAGUGCUGGUUGAAGAUGUUCCCUUGGAACCCUUUCUUUCCCACUUUGCUCACAGGAUUUUGUAGGAAUAAUAACCAUCAAAGCCCUAGUGUUUAA